GAAAAAGUAAACAAUCGUCCGGCGGUAGCCGGCAGCCACUGCUGGCAGCACGCAGUGACGUAUUACGAUGUAAACAUAGUGGAUCGCUGAUGUUGUGUUUGAAUCUCGCCGGUGCCUUGAAUCUCACAGUCAUGAUUCUUUUUUGUGGUGUUGCGAACCUUAAUGUACGUGAUUAAGCUUCGUGAAGUUUUAUUGGGAUUCCUGGGUCUUCAGGUGGCAGUGCUGCUCCACAGCGAAAUGUUGCCCACAGUGCAGUCAACAGUAGGCCGAUUAAUCCUCUCGGCCGCUGGUCAGCGUGCUCCUCAAACGUCAGUGCAUGUGGUACAGCAAGUAGGUAGAGUCAUGGGUUAUUCGACUGUUGAACGUGGUUCUCUGAACACAACGAGCUACAGCCUGUACUUCAGUAAGUGUAGCGGGGUCUGGUGGUUGACGAUACUUUUUCUAGUUUCUCCCGUUGCCGGUCAGUACACAACGGUUGAAAGGGGCAGGCCAAACACCAAAGACUACUGGAUGUUCUUUAAAUAUGGGGACUCUUUCAUUUCGCCUUUCCACGACAUUCCGAUGUACGCUGACGAAGCGAACCGUACUUACAACAUGGUUGUCGAAAUUCCUCGCUGGACCAAUGCCAAGAUGGAGAUGACAACAAAGGAGCCCCUGAACCCAAUCAGGCAAGAUAUAAAAAAAGGCAACCUGCGUUACGUGCACAACUGCUUCCCACACCAUGGAUACAUAUGGAACUACGGCGCCAUUCCUCAGACCUGGGAAGAUCCUGGCUUUGUUGACACCAACACGAACUGCAAGGGAGACAAUGAUCCCAUUGACAUCUGCGAGAUAGGAUAUCGGGUUGCGAAACGUGGAGACAUAAUUCAAGUGAAAAUUUUGGGCAUCAUGGCACUCGUGGACGAGGGUGAAACGGAUUGGAAAUUGCUAGCAAUCGACGUCAACGAUCCGCUGGCAAAGGACUUAAAUGAUGUGGACGACAUAGAGAAGCACAUGCCAGGCAUGCUCAAGGCAACGAACGAAUGGUUCCGCAUCUACAAGAUUCCAGAUGGCAAGCCAGAAAAUCAGUUUGCGUUUAAUGGAGAGGCGAAAAACAGGGAAUUUGCGGAGAAGAUCAUUGCAGAAACACACGAACACUGGAAGGCCCUUGUACAGCGCAAUGACACAAGCCCCAUCAACUGCUCGACGACAACUUUAGUGGGCAACCCACACUUUAUCAGCCAAAAAGAAGCAGAAUCUCUUGUCAUGUCGACACCGGUGCCGGGACCCGACGUUGGCAGAGACCCUAUUGUUGACAAAUGGUACUACGUCACCCUCAAGUGAAUCUGCGGCACCCAUGAUGAAUCUGAAAAAUUAUUCAGGCCAGCGUGCUGCCAAGCCCAGGAAACGCUCUGGCCAAGAAAUAAAUCGAAACUGAUUUUGUUUGUUGCA